AUGGUUUCUGAAACUGCAGAAGAAAGACCAUUUCCAUCACAGUUAAUUCAUUUUAUUUUAAAUGAAUAUAGCUUUUUAAAAAAUCAUAAAGAUUUUAUAGAAUGUUAUAAAAGUCCAGUAUUUUAUAAAUGUUUAGAUAUUAUUAGAUCAAAAAAAUAUAACAUUGUUAAUAAUAGAGAACCUUUAAUAAUAAAUUGUUUAGUUGUAUCAAAUAAUAAUAGUGACGAUGAUAGUGAAAGUGACAACAAUAACAAUAACAAUAACAAUAACAAUAACAAUAACAAUAACAAUAGCAAUAAAGUUGGUUAUAUAACAUCUUUCUCAUCUUCAAUGGAGAAAUUUAAAAGUUGGUUAUAUAACAUCUUCAGUAGAAAAAUUUCUCUAUCAAUCUCACCCUCCUCAUCAAAUAUAGCGAAACCGUCUCUGCUCCUUAAUAGUGAUAAUUUUUUGUAUCAAUGCAUAGGAAUUAGUAUAGAUGGUUCAACUAGCUUAUACGUUUUAGUUAAAAAUAAUUUAAACAAUAACAUCAAUAAUAAUGAUGGUGAUAUACCCAAUAACCCAGAAAAUAUUUUGAAUAUUAUAAAAUUUACUAACAAAUUUCUUAUAAAAGAAAUAAAAAGAACAUUGAGUCUAAUUAAAAGCAGUAUUUUAAAGAAAUAUAUUUCAUUAAGGUAUCAUUUAGUCAGAGGAUAUAUUCAUUUUUUUGAUGAUUUUAUAAUAAAAAAAAGGGAGAAUUAUAAUUAUUCAGAAUAUGGUGAAAUGAUAGUAUUCCCAAUGGAUCACAAAAUAGCAUCAAAGUUAAGUAGUAAAAAUCAAGAUAGUGAACAUGGCAAAUCAAACCAAGAGUUGAAAUGGAUGCUGGGUCUUCAUCUUUUAAUAAUAAUGUAUAUAUUAGAGAAUAAAUUUGACCACUCGUUUUCAGAGCUUAUAAAUUUUACUGGUAUAUUUUAUAGGUACACCUCAAUAAAUCAGUACUAUUUUGAUGAAGAGAACAAACUAAAAGCUAACCUUUUAUCAAGUUUAAAAGAUAAUCAUCCUCGAACAAGAAACAAAGUUCUUUCAGAAAUAGUUGAUGACCAUUUGAAUGACCCAGUUCUCAAAACCAUUGUCGAAAAAACAAGUAAUAUGGGUUUGAACCUUUGGUCAAUAGAAGGGGCUUUGAAGUUUUUAUAUGAUUCAAUAAAAGAAAUCCAAAAAGAAAAUAAUGAAUCAUAUCCACUUCUCUCAAACUAUCUCAAAGAUAUCGAAGAUUUUAAUAUAAGAAGAAAACAAUUGGGUAUUGUUAAAGAUUUUCUUUAUACCAAAAAGCAUACCUACAGAGUCAUAAAUGAAAACAUUUCAUUUGAUUGCUUUAAACCGGUUUUUAAAAAUGAUUUUUAUUUCAAUUGUUGUUUAGAGUUAGAUGGGAAUUAUUAUUUAGUAAAACAAUUUGAUUAUUCCGACCUAUUCCUUAGAAAUAACAUUCAUACACAAAUUUUUCGAGUCUAUGAUCGGUAUACAGAAUCUCAGCAAACUAAUAUAAUUUACAAGUUUCCAAGUUCAGUAACUAUUAAAAAUUCAAAAAUUAUUGAAAUAGAAAGCUUAAAUUAUAAAAACUACUUUAAUGGUGUUGAUUUUUUUUUUAGGGAUUUCAUUAUUCAAUUUUAUAAUUUUUUAAAAGGUAAAACAUUUUAUUACUUUCCUACCCCUCAUGGUACUUCUGUAUAUUUUAUUUGUUUUUAUAAAUCUUAUAGAAAAAGAAUUGACAAUAGUAAUUAUGAAUAUUCUUUAAAAACCUAUGAGGCCUAUAGAUGUCUGGAAGAAUCAUUAAAAAUUCAAUUUCCUGAGUUUACAAUCUAUAACGAAUCCAAGCUUUUCCAUUUUUAUAUGUACACAGAUUCCUUUUUAAAAGAUGUAGUUAAUAAACUGACAACCGUCGAAGAUUUUUUUGGAGGCCAUACAAAAGAACAGGAAAUUGGAUUAUUUUUAUACUUUAUUUAUAUUUUAAAAUCAAUUUCAAAUUUUGAAGAGCCAAGUGAAUCAUUCUUUAUCGAUGAUCCGUUCUUUAUUAUGAGUGAAGAAAAAAAUUAUUACUAUAUAGAUUUAUGUUUCUAUUUAGAGGAAAAAUAUAUAUUUUUUCCUUGGAGUUACUAUCUUAAUAGUAUAGAAAAUUUACAUAAAAAACACUUUUUAAAUCCAAUAAAAGAAUACUUUCAAAUAAAUCAAGAGCUAAUCCUAGAGAAGAAGCUAUGUAAAGAUUUAUUUGAACAUGAAUGGGUAUCAAGUUUAAAACCAAUCAAUAUUGGAAAUAUAUCAGAAAGUUGUAUUCAAAAAAUGGUGGGCGAGAGAUAUAAUUGUAAUGAACAUAAUAUUUAUUGUUAUAUAGUUUCAAAUAUUAAAUCAAUGGAAGAGUACCCCAGAAACAUUGUAAAAUAUCAUACAUCAUAUUCAUUAAAUAGAAAAUCCUAUAUUAUUAUUGAUAAAUGCAAUUCAGAUUUAAAGAAAAUUUUAGAUUCAAAAAAAUAUUUAAAUGAAAAUGAAAUGAUAGUUUUAUUAUAUGAUUUAAUAUGUUCACUAAAACAACUAAAUCAAUUCGACAUUGUUCAUAGAGAUAUUAAACCAGAAAAUGUUUUAAUUGACGAAAAUGGGAAAUAUUUAUUAGCAGAUUUUGAACUAUCGGUAAUUCAAAAUAAUAAAGAUAUAACAAUGGGCAUUCUACAAAAAGGAGAACAAUUCAAAAGAUCAUUAUAUGACAGAGAUGGCACAAUUCAUUUUCAAAGUCCAGAAAUCUAUUCGUUGGAACAUAGAAGCAAAGAUUUAGACAAUAACCAUAAUUAUAAAAUGGAUAUUUAUAGUGUUGGUUCAAUAUUACAAGAAUUAUUAUUUAACUUUGAGGAUAAUGUUAAAAAAAAAAAAAUAGAUUAUAACAAAGAUACCUUUUUAAAUUUAAAAACAAUAGCUGGAAAAAUGACUUUAUUUUAUUAUGAUGAAAGAAUAGAUUUAUUAAAUCUUGAGCAACUUUUCAACAAAAGCUUCCCAAAUUUUAAAAGAUAA